UCAUAUCGUCAUAUCCACAUCCACCAGUAUUUAGCCAUUUAGCGCGUUCAGCAGCGUUCAGUGAAUGUGAAAGUGCCGUAUAACCUGUUCUCUCAACACUUUUUCACGAUUGCAACUCGAUGAGCUUGACGAAUUAUUACGAGAUACUUGGUUGCAGCAAGGAGUCGAGUGCCGAGGACAUAAAGCGUGCCUACCGCGCGUUGGCAUUGAAAUUUCAUCCGGACAAAAGUAGACCGGAGCAGGAUGGUGUAAAAUUUCAGCAUGUUUUGGAGGCCUGGCAGGUUCUGAGCAACCCUAAACUAAGAGAAGAGUAUGACGCUACGCAAACACAGGAGGAGUUAGAUUCGGAGAGUGCCCCGAUAUACGCGAGGAUAUCGUGUAACGAUCUGGAAACAAUGGACAACGACGAGAACGUGUUGGCUUAUCCUUGCAGAUGCGGUGGACUGUACUGUGUUCAGAAAAAAUAUGUCGAAGCAAAGAAUCAGCUGAUACAAGUUCCAUGCUUGGAGUGCACUUUUCUCAUUGUCAUCGAAACGUAACAUUUCACUCUCUAUAAAUAAUAAAUGUAUAACACGCAGGACUUAAAAUGCAGCAACAUUUUCUAUUUCUUAUCAAAAAUGAUACAACAGAUAACACAUCAUUACAAAUAUAAACUAUUGAGCAAUAUACAAAUAAAAACACGAUCCUUAGAA